CCUUUGUUUUUCAUAAUUAGUCUCAAAAAAAAUCUCUGGGUUUAUUUGGUGUUGACAUUUAUGUUAAGAGUCAAAUAUGUGAUCCGCGGUCGUUAAAUUCAACGCAAUUUACUUGUUUGGUUUCACCAAAAAGUUGGAAGAUUCUUACGACUCUUCCUUGCUUUGUUCCCAUUUUCUCAAAUAUAUAUAUAAUAGCUGCCUGUCUCCAGAGAAAAAUUCAUAAGCUUUUUCGUCUUCAUCGUGUGACCGCAACUAUAUCGACUUGGAUCGUAGAGUUCAAUGGCGACCUACAAGCUAAAUCACACUGAUUCAUUUGGAAAUGGAGAUGCGAACAAUUUGCGGUCAAAGCAAGAAAAUGGUUUCAGUGAUUUGUCAUCACUAGCUCAGUCAGAGAAAGCUGUUCAGGAGCUUCUUUUUCAGCAGACUCCUAUGCAGGCUAAUGAUGAUCAUCUCAUUGAGUUCUCUGAGGCUUUAAGAACUGUUGCAAAGGCUUUAAGAGGAUCUUCUGAAGGAAAGGCGUUGGCUCAAGCUGAAGCUGCUGAAUGGAAACGAAGAUAUGAGUUGGAGAGGUCCAAGAACCUCGAGUUGCUGCUGCUCCAUAAAGCACCGUCAAAUGGAGUGUGUGCUGAUGAAUCUAGUGACAAGGGGAUGGAUCAUUUAGCCAAGUCUCCAAGGCUUCAUGUUCAGGAAAACGGGAGAUCAGGAAGGUGUUCCUUGGAGCGUAUUUGCGCUCAUCAAGUUCUCCAAGAAUGUGAACCUAAUAGUCCUAAUAAUGCCUCUAACAACAAAUUGAAGAAAAAGGCAUCAUUUAAGCUUUCGUGGGGCUGCAAAGGGCAGGCUAAUGAUCAUCAACACAAAAAAGAUAUAGUCUCGUUUGAGAGCGGGAAUAUCACUACAGCUGACCGCAGUAGUAAACAGAUUUCACUGACAUGGGAGAGCAAUCCACAAACUGUUAUUAUCUUCACUAAACCUAAUUCAACUUCUGUACGAGUUCUCUCUGUGGAAAUGGUCAGAUGGUUGAGAGAUCAUAAAGGACUAAAUGUUUACGUGGAACCACGAGUGAAGGCAGAACUUUUAUCUGAAUCAAGUUCCUUCGACUUUGUUCAAACUUGGGAAGAUGACAAAGAAAUUUCACUUCUACACCCAAAGGUUGACCUUGUCAUAACUCUUGGUGGGGAUGGUACAGUUCUAUGGGCAGCAUCCAUGUUCAAAGGACCAGUGCCUCCAAUUGUUCCAUUUUCCAUGGGAUCUCUCGGAUUCAUGACUCCUUUCCAGAGCGAACAAUACCGAGAUUGUCUUGAUUCGGUUUUGAGGGGUCCAGUUAGCAUUACAUUACGACACAGGUUGCAGUGUCACAUCAUCAGAGAUAAAGCAAGGCAUGACUACGAGACAGAGGAGAAUACACUUGUUCUUAAUGAAGUCACCAUCGACCGUGGAAUAUCAUCUUACCUCACAAACCUUGAGUGCUACUGCGACAACUCCUUUGUCACAUGUGUUCAAGGCGAUGGACUAAUUCUAUCUACCACAUCUGGUAGCACCGCUUACUCGCUUGCAGCUGGUGGAUCAAUGGUCCAUCCCCAGGUUCCUGGGAUCUUGUUCACACCAAUCUGUCCGCAUUCUCUGUCUUUCCGCCCGCUGAUAUUACCGGACCAUGUGACAGUGAGAGUGCAGGUGCCAUUUAACAGCAGAGGCUCGGCGUGGGUGUCGUUUGAUGGGAAGGGCCGGAAACAACUUGAAGCAGGGGAUGCACUAGUGUGUAGCAUGGCACCGUGGCCUGUCUCAACGGCUUGCCAGGUCGAAUCCACUAAUGACUUCCUACGCAGCAUCCACGACGGUCUUCACUGGAACCAAAGAAAGGUUCAAUCCUCUGACGGCCCUCAGUAGUGACCACUUAAACAAAUUUUAUCCCAGAAUUCUCUAGUCCUUUUAAACCAUAUACACAAUUUAUUUAUAUGCAUAGAGACAAAGAUGUAGUAUCUGGUGGUUUUGUAUCCAAUUGUUGGGUGUAAAGGAAAAUGUAGUAUGUAGCUGCUUUGCUUUU